UACUGCAAUGCAGUUUGUGGUGAAUUCUUCACAUUCCUUUCAGUCAAAAUACAGGGGGAAAAAAUACAUCACGGGCCACGCCCACCGGAUGUAGACGCAGUGUCCCCGGGAAAGCUCAGUUUCCGUAGUGGUGUGGAGUGUUGCAGAAGCUGAGUGAGCUUUGAUUAACGAUGGAGAAAAUUACAGAGAAGCUUCUAUUGGAGAAAGGGUCUCCAAAAACCAACAAGUUGGAACAGAUCGAAACUCUGAAUCUGUCUAAGAUGGCGCUGAAGCUUGAGGACCUUCCUGUGAAGCUGCUGUCACGCCUGAGGUCGCUGGAGCGUUGGGAUCUGUCUGGAAACAGGCUGCAAGAGUUCCCUAAGUGUUUGGAGCUGCCUGCGCUCCGGUACCUGGACCUGAGCGAUAACCAGAUGGAGGACGUCACCACCCUGAAGUCCCUCAGGGCUCUGGAAGAGCUCAAGAUGGACGACAACCUUUAUAUCACUGUGAGUGAUAAUUACAAGCUGUUUGUGUUGCUGCCCAACCUGCGGAUUUACAACAGCAAGGAUGUCACUGCCACUGCCAACCGUUUGAGAUACGUUUACAGCGACAACCUGAGGACCAGGAUGAUUGCUGUUUGGGAGAGGAGCUUCAGUCUCCCGGAUCCCGUCUCUGCUGAGAAGCUGUCUUCCCUCGAAGAGAACUUUGUGAGCGCCGCUCGUAAGCAAGUUAAAUUCGGCCCCAGUUCUGUGGCUGAUUUCACCAAAUGGAGGGUGGAAAUUCUGGCUAAGGAGUAUCUGCGCUCUCUGGCGGAACCGAAGGAGGACUCGGAUGAGGAAGCUCAAACUGAGAACAACGACGACACCGAUGUAUCUGCACCCCCUAAGAGGAAACAGGUGGACGCAGCAGCAGACGCCUUCAUCAGCCUGACACCCCGCAAAAAGCUGCGUGCCGACCUCCCUGAAUCACCCGCUGAAAGCAGUCCUCGCAAAUCCAGCCUCCGCCUCAAACCACUGACAGGCACCCAGAGCAGGAUGAGUCCCCAGAAGCCGAACCAGGGUCCCUCAACCCCCAACAAGGCAGAGACGAGGGCAGAGACGCCCAGGAGGAGAGCCAAGGUCAAACAGGUCAAACAGGUCAAAGAGGCGGAGCAGAAAGAAAACCUGAGCAGAGAGGAAGCAAAGGCUGCACAGCCUCACAGAAACGUUCAUGUGCUGCCCAUCAUAAAGGCUUGCAACAAAACAAAGCCAGUCUCUCUGAAGCCACUACAUGCUCUGCAGUGCCACAGUAAGCAGGACAGCCCAGACGACGUCUCCACCCAGCUGUGGGCCUGCGCCUUCCAGCCGCAGUCAGAGUCCAGUGGAAGCCGAUUGGUGGCAACAUGUGGAGGAGACUCGGUCUGCGUGAUCGACUGUGAAACGGGGAAGGUGAUGAAGAAGUACAAAGUUCCAGGAGAGGAGUUCUUCUCCCUGGCCUGGACCACUGUGUUGAUGUCCAGAGGUGGCAGCGCUCCGUCUCAGCCCUGCAGUGUUCUCGCCGCCGGCGGAAAGAGAGGACUCGUCAAGCUGAUCCACCCCAGGAACAACAUGGCGUACGGCGAGUUCAGAGCCAGCCGGAAGUCGCUGUCGGUGCUCCGCUUCAACCACCGGCAGGGGAACUUCCUCUUCACCGGCUCCUACGACAACAAAAUAAUCAUGUGGGAUAUUGGAGGAGUGGACAAGCAUUUCAACUUCAAAGUUGUUCAGCUGCUGACGUUGGAGGUCGGCACCACUCCUCUGCACAUCUGCCUGCCCCCAUCCUCCCCCGACACACACCUGCUGACGGCCUGCGAGGACGGCCUGCUCUGCUACAACACACAGCUGGGAGCCAACAGCACCACGAAGAGGUCAAACAAAAUGGAAAUAACUUUCCCCGUUUAUAAGAUGGAGGACAAACAACACAACUACCACACUAUCGAUGGGUUGAGUUUUCUCACUGAUGAUGUAGUGGCCUCUAAGAGCCACACCCACGGGUCCAUUUACCUGUGGAGCUGGAGUGGCACCAGGAGUCAGCGGCCGGACAAGAGGAGCGGGUCGGUGUGCGCCGUGGUUUUGGCUGAGCUGCAGUGGGCCGUCACCGACGUUCCGUACCUGUCUCUGAACACCUGCCCAGGACGGGCCUACAUAGUUUGUGGUGACGACAAGGGACGAAUAUGGACUUAUCACGUCACCAACCUCCAGAAGAACAGCGGUCAGAUAGGGAAAACCAUUCCACCCACUGAGGUGCUGGAAUGGCCGACCCCGGUGAGGAAAAGCCUGGGCCGGAUUGAGGGCCCGUCCAUCAACAGUGUGGCGAUGGACCCAGAGCUUCACUACCUGGUGGCGCUCACUGAUAAGAACUUGGCGGUCAUAUGGAAGAGUGAGGCGUUGUCCUGAGGAAUUUGAAGUGUACCUCAUUAACAACAACUUUCAAGCAGGUUUUCUUCUGUCUGAAAAGAGGUGGAAGUACCAGGUGUUGGAAUUUUCUUCCAAAAAAAUGAAUCAGUGAUCUGUUGGAACAUCAACAUUUUAUCCAGACUGCAAAGAUCUUCAUCCUUCCUCUUCUUCUUUAAUGCCUUCAGGAAGUUGGCAUGCUGCUCCCCAUAUUCAGAACAUCUAAUACAGUUACAGAUUUGCUCUCUGGAAGACAAUAUCAGCUUGCUUUUUAAUAACAGUUUUAUAGUUUUUACCUGCUAUUAUUGUAUGCCUUGUUCGGUCAAACUAAAACACACAGAUUGAGAUUUAGAAAUGUUUGCAGAAACUAUCUGUGACUCAACUGUUGUCCAAAAUUGACCAUUAAAACACAUUACUCUUUGAGAA